GUUUGUUUCGUUUCAUGAGUUUGCAAGUUGCUGAUGAAAUGUUCUGCAAUAACACCUAACACCGACGUGUACUCAAUGACUUACAAAACUGGCUGAUGGGGAUUUUCUUUGUGUUUAACUGUGAGUAGUUACAUACAUUUGAUAGAAAACUGACUCAAUCGGCAACCAGCAAACGUUGACCACUUCACUUCACAGCUAAGGAGACAAACCCGGAAGUCCUCAAGAGACAACUGCAAUCUUUACUCCGAGAUGAUGCGCAGAAGGGAGCGUGGCUCCGAACUAGGGCUGCUCCUGCUGGCCUCCCAGAUCUACCAGGUGGGCAUUGACCACAUCCCCCCGGUCACGUUGGCAACGCUGGGCCUCAACGUCUACCUGUUCCUCUUCCCGGCCGCCCCUCUGAUGGCCGCCUGCAUUAGCCUGCAGGAGGCCUACUACCACCAGGAUUGGCGGCGGCUCCUUCUCUCCCCCUUACACCACGGAGAUGACUGGCACCUCUACUUCAACAUGACCUCGCUCCUGUGGAAGGGCAUCAAGCUGGAGCGCAAGCUGGGCGGCCCCUGGUUCGCCUACCUGCUGUCCGUCUUCUCCCUGCUCACCGGAUUGGUCUACCUGCUGCUGGAGGCGGGCCUGAUGGAGCUGACGGACGACUGGUCCUACGGCAGACAGUGUGCCGUGGGGUUCUCAGGGGUGCUGUUCGGCCUGAAGGUGGUGAAUAACGACAUCCACCCGGGGGGCACCACCAAUGUCAUGGGCAUCCCCGUGGCCAACAGACACGCCUGCUGGGUGGAGCUGGUCAUCAUACACAUCCUGAACCCUGGGACCUCCUUCGUAGGCCACCUUGCAGGAAUCCUGGUGGGCCUUCUCUACACCAAGGGGCCACUCAAGAACAUCAUGACAAUAUGUGCAGGAAUGGUGGAAAGUGGAUUUUAUCUUCGUCCGGCUACGUACUACAAUUCCUCAGGAGCCAGCGGAAGACGAAACCCUAAUCCUGCCAAUGACUCCACUCGGCCUCCUAAUGCAUCUGGCCACCGAGCCUCCUAUCCCUCCUAUCCCUCACGCAACAACACAUAUCCCUCAAACACACCGAGUUACUCCAACACAUACAGCAACUCUCAUACAAACCCUCCUAAUGGGAACACGGGUACAGGUGGUUCCAGUGCCCCCAGUGCCCCCAGUAACCCCAGUGCCCCCACUGCCCCCAGUGCCCCCACUGCCCCCAGUGCCCCGCCGUAUGAGCAGCACCCCUACACAGCAGGCCUGUCAGAGGCGGAGCAGUACCAGGAAGCCAUCAGAGCCAGCUUCAGCAGCAGCCCAGGAGGCUCCUCCCAGUCCCAGUCCAGGCCUGAGGAUGGCCUCCACGUCCCUCCAGAACCCACGUUAGACUUAGACGAGAUCCGCAGACGCCGGCUGCAGCGGUUUGCCAAAGAAAGUGCCAAAGGAAGUGCCAAACUUCCACGACGUACGAAAAAGUAAUGGGGGGUGGGGGACUCUGUGGACGUGCACUACGUACGAAAAGUAAUGGGGAUGGGCGGGGGGCGGGUGACUGAACUCUGUGGAACAGUUGCACUACGUACGAAUAGUAAAGAUGAGUCACUAGUGAAGGGCUCUGAACUUCAAUAUGACUUCUUGACUUAUGACUGUAUUAUAAGGGCUGCAACUACAGAGACACACUACAGUAUAGGAACCGGCCUGGUGUUGUCCUUAAGAUAAUCUGUUAAAUCAUUUCUUUGCAUACUUUUAUGUUUUUGCUCAUGUGUCAUCAAGGCGUUUGUAUCAUUGUUUUUUUGUUUUUUUUAGAGAUUGCCUGUAUAUGAGGUAAGACGUCUUAACAUUUUCAGCUAUCAAAUCUUCAACUCUGCACUACAAGCUUACCUUUCAGGGAUUUUGCACUGCCUUGUUUUGUACACAAUGUCUUAAGUUUAAAAUAGAGUGGAGACACAGACAGAUGCUGGUAUGGCCACAUAACCUUCUUUGGCCCCAAUUAUGCAGUUUGUAAAAGAACACUAGCGUGCCAGCCAGCAGUUUUGUACAUUUUGUUUUAGUUAUUUAUUUUAUACCACAGUGAGAUACAUUGUUUGAAAUUGAAAAUGGAAAAAAGUGAUAUGUUUACUGAUAGGAAGUGUGGGUUAUUGGAUAGAGAAAUGAAAAUUGUGCACCUAAGGUUUUUUUGAAUGUGAAAUGACAAUGUUAAAUCAGUGAAUAUUCUGUAGGUUUUGUCCCUGAAUGCCAUUUAUUUUUAUGAUCACCAAAGCUUUGCCUGAAUUAUAAUACGCACAAUAUAUUUUUGUAUAGUGUAAAUAAAUUACUUUUGCUCUCA